UCACUGCCCCCAAUAAAGAUGGUGACGGUCACACGGGCCGAUCGCCAUCUGAGGCGUUGAUUUGUUUUCUGCAAACGUGAGUCUGGGAGUUUCAAAUGGGUGUGUUUUCCGACGUGCACUAACUGUUUGUAAAACUUCCAAACCCAUACGAAUAUCACUUCCCUCCAGCUUUCUACCGUUUUGCUUUCUUUACUGUGGCCUGCUCUUACCUCAAUUGCACAAAUCUUGGUCUCAGCGAAGGAUCUAGGCCCGAAACGUCAGCUUUCCUGCUCCUCUGAUGCUGCUUGACCUGCUGUGCACAUCCAGCUGCACACCGUGUUAUCUCGGAUUCUCCAGCAUCUGCAGUUCCGGUUAUCUCAGCGACUCUGCACCGCACUCGUGGAUGAUCACGUGGUUUUCACUGAUCCCGCCCUCCCUUCAUUCCGAUUGGGCGAUAUCCGUCCGGUCAUGCACGGCACACCUGUGCUCCUAUUGGUCGCGCACUGACAUCAAUCAGCCAGACUUCACCGUGAGCUGGAGCAUGCGCAGUGCUUUGUGUUAUUGUUGGAAGCAAAUGAACGUCGUCGCAAUGUUGCAUUUUGAGACGAAUGAGACUGAAAACCGGAUCUGUCUUUUUACCUUCACAGAUGCUGCCAGACCUGCUGAGCUUUUCCAGCAACUUUGUUUUUGUUCCUGAUUGACAACAUCCCAGUUCUUUUGUUAUUUUUUAAUAAGUCGCGAUUGAAAAGGCUUCCUGCAGCUCAAAGCUAAAGGUUUGACGAUACUUCACCUUUCUCAUUCCUCAGACUCCAACCCACUUUGAUUCUGAAAGAUUUGACUGUUAUUUCCGGUCAGUCAGCUUGCCGAAGCAGUCAGAUUUCCGUCAUACUACUCUGAAUAAAAAUGGCAUCAGGAGAUGAGCUUCCAUCACAUCUCACUGUCGAUACCUCCAACGUUCAAAUUCUUAACUCUGAGACCUCAAAAAGACUCGUCGAAAAUUUUGUAAUCGCUCUCAUGAACAAGGAGCGUUUCUACAUCCGCACAUUCUUUUCGACAUACAAAGCAUAUACCACUGCUGAAAGUGUGUUGUACAUCCUCCUGGACAAAUAUGGAAGCUUUGACACCUCAGAGGCAGAAGAGAUUCCAGUAAUCGAUUCAGUGAGCACAAACAGCGGAAACAAUGCUAACAUUCCGAGCUGUGAGGAGCUUGAAAAUCCAAUUCCUGUAGAGACAGUUGCUGAGAUCAGAAAGUAAGUAUUGAUCCAAUGUAUGAGGAAAUGAUGCUUUAAUCAGAAUACAACUAUGUGAAGGGCAACCUCUGGAGGCCGCCAUUUUCAGGAACAUUAUUUAGAGACUUUCUCCUGAAACUUAGCAGCAUCUGUGGUGAGAAAACA